AAAUUUUACCUGCAAAAGUAGCUGAAAUAAUGGAGGAACUCAAGGCUGUUGAGGUUUUUUUAAAAAGUGACAGCUUGUGCUUGAUGGAAGGAGGAAGAUUCAAAACGCUUCCAACAAUUCCAUCAGCCCAUGUUUUGGCUAUGCACGUACAACAACUUGAAACUGGAGGAUUCACAAUGACAAAUGGAGCUCACAAGUGGACUAAGCUUAGAAACAUUGCCAAAGUUGUGAGCCAAGUUCAUGCAUUUCAAGAGAAUCCUUAUACGUAUACACCAGAUUUCAAGCUGCAGUCUUACCUCAGUCAAAGAAUAACUCAUUUUAAAGAUUCAGACAUUUCUGCCUUGGCAGCUGACAACUGUGCCAACUUCCAUCAGAUACCAGCAGAAAAACAUUCUCGAAAAAUUCAGGACACGCUGCGCAGAAUGAAGGCAACAUUUCAGUAAUUAUUUACAUGUCCUCUGUUUUAUUCCAAGUGUAGCCUGUAAAACUGGAGUAAGUUGACUUUGUCUCCUGGAACAAUCCCCAAACAAAUGCUUAAGUGAAGUGAAUGCUAUCUCAAUGCUAUCUCUUAAAAUGCUAUCUCAAGUUGAAAUGAUUAAAUUACUUAGCAUGGAAUUAUAAAAUGCUGACUAAUGAGAUUUGAAUCUCUGGCAACUGGA